UAAACUAUUAUUAGUUUAGAAUGUUGGGUAUACAAUGAAACACGUCAAAGGAAGACCUCACCACUACCACCACAUUAUCAUUUAAUGAUUAAUUAAUAUGAUCCCCCACAAAGAACCCCAGAACAUUAAUUUCUAGAUCUAAAACGAAAAAAGAGAAUACUUCACUGAGUCUUCAAGCAAAAUGAAUUCAACAAGUUCAAAACUUCAUAGAGUCCCCCACACCAUUCCAUAAUUUUAAAACCUUUUUGCACGAAAAAUUUCACGGUGAAAUAACCACGAAAUUCAAGAAACAAAAAACGCGUUUUGAGGCACUUCAUAAGCGGCUAACAUAAUAGGAUUUGUAAUUGCCGGUGUCAUAGUUGCCAUUAUUGUGAAGAUUGGUAUUUGCUUUUGCGUAUUUAAAGCAUGCCAAAAAAGAUAUCAGGUUAAUGGUGGUUUUAAACAGACAGGAACACCAGCUAAACAAUUUAUGACACUCACUAUGGAUAAAUUUCUGAAUGAUAUGGAAAGGGAGAAGCCAAUCAGGUUCACUGAUCAGCAGCUAAGGAUUGCAACUGAUAAUUACUCUUAUCACUUGGGGUCAGGAGGUUUUGGGUCUGUUUAUAAAGGAAGUUUUAGUAAUGGAACCAUUAUAGCUGUGAAAGUUCUACGUGGUAGUUCUGACAAAAUAAUUGAUGCACAGUUUAUGGCAGAAGUGGGUACCAUUGGUAAAGUUCAUCAUUUCAAUCUAGUUCGUCUAUAUGGGUUUUGCUUUGAAAGACACUUGAGAGCACUGGUUUACGAGUACAUGGUGAAUGGCCCGCUUGAGAAGUACCUAUUUCAUGAAAGCACCUUCUUAUCAUUCGAAAAGCUCCAUGAGAUCGCAAUUGGUACAGCAAGAGGCAUUGCAUACUUGCAUGAAGAGUGUCAACAGAGAAUAAUCCACUAUGAUAUCAAACCAGGAAAUAUUCUCUUGGAUAGGAACUUUUGUCCUAAAGUUGCUGAUUUUGGUUUGGCCAAGCUUUGCAACAGGGACCAUACUCAUAUAACCAUGACUGGGGGUAGGGGCACUCCUGGUUAUGCUGCACCUGAACUUUGGUUGCCUUUUCCUGUAACUCACAAGUGUGAUGUUUACAGCUUUGGGAUGCUGUUAUUUGAAAUCAUUGGCAGAAGGAAAAACCAUAACAUUAACCUUCCAGAAAGUCAGGUUUGGUUUCCAAUGUGGGCUUGGGAAAAAUUUGCUGCUGAAAAAGUGGGGGAGUUGAUAACUUCUUGUGGGAUAGACGACAAAGAUAGGGAGAUUGCAGAAAGAAUUGUUAAAGUAGCUUUGUCAUGUGUGCAGUAUAAGCCAGAAGUAAGACCUAUAAUGAGUGUUGUGGUGAAAAUGUUGGAAGGUUCUGUCGAAGUUCCAAACCCUCCAAACCCAUUUCAGUACCUGAUUGGUUGGGUUCCACCCACUCAUGAUACUGACACAAAUAUCAGUUCUGACUCAUCAUUGGUAACCAAAUCUGUCCCUGUACUUGCCACACAUGCUAUCACCACCGACGAGAUUGAAUUAGCGUCUGUAUAAAUUUUUUUUUUAAUCCAUCUGGACGUUCAAUAUGUGACGUUUAUUUUUGUUCAUUUCACAUUUAUGAGUUCAUCAAAUGUAUCUACCAAGUGAAUUGUAUCUUUAUAUUUCAAAUAAGCAAUCGAAUAAUUAUUUUAGUUUUACAAUUAGUAUUAAUAUGUUGAAUCCACGAGAAAAGAUGAACAUAUGACAAAUGUCGGACGGGGUUUCAGAAUCUACGAGGGUAAAAAAACUUACUGGAGUAGUGACCAUUGGAUUCGCGGUGGUUGUGGGUCAGUGGCCGCUUGUAACAUGGAGGAUGUGUGUAGGGAUGGCAAGGUGACAAUGAGAUUUGUUGUUAUGAGAGUGGGUGAAUAUGUCUCAAAAAAGUUAGAUGUCUAAGAAGAAGUGCAUGAAGAAUAACAUUACGAUGUUCAACUUUCAGAUUUCUAAUCAAUGUGCAACUUAGUCACCAAGUGUGAUCGAUUAAUGGAUUUUUUUUAUAUGA